CUAUUUCCGAAGAAAAUUCCAAGAUGCAACUGCAGAAAUACUGUGGAGUCCCCAUGGAAAAAGGAGAUUUAAGUCAGAUAUAUGUACACCUCCAAACUCAAGCACAGCUGCCUUUGCUAAUGCUGCCCGGGUUUCAAUAAUGAAAGAAAAGGAUUUAUUUAAAUUUCUUGAAGAACUCAAAAGAUGCAAUCUCUCUUCAGAUAGUCCAUACUCAAAAAUACCCAUCUUCCCAUUGUUUCCUGAUGUGGAUGGAGUGGUGAUGGGAAAGCCAUUCAAAGACAUACAGAAGUUAGAAAUGCUAAAGAGAAAGGAGCCUCUGACUUUCUUUGAGGACUAUUUUUUCCAUAAAAGAGACUGGAAAACACAGGCAGCAAAUAUAAAGCCCAUCAAUCCUUCUUCAGGCUAUUCAGAUGAAAUCCUUGCCAUUGACCAGCUAUUCAAGAAAAAGCAGACUUGGACAGUGGCUGAUGCAGCUGCUAUCAAACAGCACGUGAAGAAAGCUACAGAUUCCUAUAACCUAGGAAUUGCCCUUGAACACCAAAAAGAAAUGCUUCAUCUUUGGCAGAAGAUCCGAGGGGAUCUGGUUGGAAUAGACACUAAAAAUGAGUCUUUUUAUGACACCUUUUCUACUUAUGCAUGGUCCUGGAAUGUUUGCCAAGAGUUACUUUCUCCUAAGGACUUACGGUUACAUGAUGCCUACGUGAAUAGAAAUUCUUCCCAUAAUUCCAGAUUCCCUUCCUGCUCAGAUAUCAGUGAAUGUGACAUAGAGAUUGGAAGAAAAAGAAAACGGAAAGGUUUCAAGGGGUUUCAACAAUGAAAUUUCUACAUUUUCAAAACUGUUCAUCGAAAACUACUUUUUCAUAAUUAUCAAAGUUAUGGUUUCUUGCUUUUGUCUAGUACAUUCUUGGCAGGUGGAAAUUUUGACAUCUUUUGGAUUCUAACCAGUAAAAAAGUUUAAGUCAUAAAAUGGUUUCCCCUUCAUAAAUCUUUACUAGCAAGUAGAUGUUAUGCUGUUAGUGCCAGUUGCUCUCUGCUGCUCUGACCUGGAUCAAAACUGCCAGGGCCUCAGCAGAAAGAAAAAUAGCUGGGCUGAGCUCCUGAGGACCCUCCAAACA